AUAUCCGGUAGACGCCUACAGAGUCGGAGGUGCACUGUCGACCCACCUGUGUAGGAAAUGUAGUCUCAACUCGUCCGAACGUAAAGAAAAUGAAAAUUACGAGGACUGAUUUGUUAGCAAUUUCAAGGAAGACAAAAAUUUUUACACCACUAAACUCUGGCUUCCUCCAUACGCAAAAAAGGUUUUGGAUUUCUGCAACAUCAUGGAUCAGUAUAUAAUAAUGACUUUUCCAGGAAAAAGUUGAAUUAGGUAGAUGACGGUCCUAAUUACCAAACAGGCCUCGAGCUUGCUCCCUCCUUCUGGAGUGGGUAUUUGGAGUUCUUCGUUUCUUGAUGAUUUGGUAUUUGAAUUAUUGCUGGGUUUGGAGAGAGAUGGCCAUAGCCCGGUUCGGUCGCCAAGCAAAGCGCUCGUAUGGGCUUUGCGUCAAGAUGACGGCAGUGACUGUGUUGGGAUUGUGUUUUGUAUUCAUUUGGUCGAUGUUUUCGUCUUCUUCUUCCGUGGUUUCUCAGAGGAGUAGGUUUGGUGAUAUCACCGAAUCGGUUUCUGCCAAUGGGAAGCUUACUGGCUCUGCGAUUGUGUCCGAGAAGAAAGAACCAAGAAAGGAUCUUGGAAAUAAAGAUGACAAAAAAGCGAAUUUUGAAUCUGAUUUGGAAGAGAAAGGUGGGAAUAAGGUUAAUGGGUCUUUGUCUUAUAUGCCUGCUGAUGCACACAAGAGAGGGAAUGGAGGUUCUGUGAAGAAAGAGGGAACUAACGUUAAGUCACCCAAGAAGGAUGAGAGAAAGAAACCUGGGUUGGUGAGAUCUGAAGGUGAAGAGUUGCAGAAAGAUCAGGAGGGAGAACAAGAAGAGGAAGUGGAAGAAAAUGAGACGGAAGAAAAAGCAGCAGAUGGAGAAGAAGGUAAAGGAAAUGAGGACCUGGAAGAGGAUGCUGAGUCGCUUGCGGCAGAUGAUGUGAAUCUGGAACCUGUGGAGAAGGUGGAUGAUGAGGGGGGCGGGUUGAAAGGUACUGGGAAGAAGAGAAAGAUAAAAGGGCCUUUAUUCGAUCCAAAAGCUCAUUAUACUUGGAAAUUAUGCAGCACAAGAAGCAAGCAUAAUUACAUUCCUUGUAUCGACAUUGAAAGUGCCAGUGGAAGGCUGCAGAGUUAUCGGCAUCAUGAGAGAAGUUGUCCUAGGACAUCUCCAAUGUGCCUUGUUCCCCUUCCUCCUGAGGGCUAUGCGACUCCAUUUAGCUGGCCGGAAAGCAAAUCAAAGAUAUUUUACAAGAAUGUGGCACAUCCAAAACUAGCAGCCUUUAUCAAGAUGCACAAUUGGGUAGUCAAGUCUGGAGAGUAUCUCACUUUCCCUCAAAAGCAAUCUGAAUUCAAGGGUGGAACCCUGCAUUAUCUUGAAUCCAUUGAAGAGAUGGUACCAGAUAUUGAAUGGGGAAAAAACAUUCGCAUUGUUUUGGAAAUUGGAUGCACAGACUCAAGCUUUGCUGCUGCUUUACUUGAUAAGGAUGUUUUGACACUUACUCUAGGUUUGAAGGAUGCCCUAGUGGACCUGGCACAGGUUGCUCUUGAGCGUGGUUUUCCUGCAGUAGUCAGCCCUUUUAGAAGUAGGAGGAUUCCUUUUCCCAGUGGUGUUUUUGAUGCUAUUCAUUGUGGUGAAUGUCAAACACAAUGGCAUUCUAAUGGAGGCAAGCUUCUUUUGGAGAUGAAUCGGAUUUUGAGGCCUGGUGGAUAUUUUAUUUUGUCGAAUAAACAUGAUAGUAUUGAAAUUGAAGAAGCUAUGUCCACACUGACAGCAUCCAUCUGUUGGAAUAUCUUGGCUCAUAAAACUGAUGAAAUCAGUGAAGCAGGUGUCAAAAUUUAUCAAAAGCCAGAAUCAAAUGAUAUAUAUAAAUUAAGAAGGAAGAAAGAUCCUCCUUUAUGCAAAGAAAAUGAGAACCCGGAUGCUUCCUGGUAUGUUCCGAUAAAAAGUUGCUUGCACAACAUUCCUGAAUCUAUUGAACAACGUGGAAGCGAGUGGCCUGAGGAAUGGCCGAAAAGGUUGGAAACUUUUCCGGACUGGAUGAACAACAAGGAGAAACUCAUAGCCGACACUCAGCACUGGAAAGCUAUUGUUGAAAAGUCGUACCUUACUGGAAUGGGUAUUGAAUGGUCAAAUAUCCGGAAUAUAAUGGACAUGAAAGCAAUACAUGGAGGAUUUGCUGCUGCCCUUUCGCAACAAAAGGUUUGGGUUAUGAAUGUGAUCCCUGUGCAUGCACCAGAUACACUUCCUAUUAUAUUUGAACGUGGUCUGCUUGGUAUUUACCAUGACUGGUGUGAAUCUUUUGGUACCUAUCCAAGAUCGUACGACCUUUUGCAUGCUGAUCAUCUCUUCUCAAGGCUUAAGAACAGGUGUAAGCAGCCCGUGGCAAUUGUUGUUGAGAUGGAUCGGUUGUUAAGGCCCGGUGGUUGGGCAAUUUUGCGGGAUAAGGUAGAGAUACUCGAUCCAUUAGAAGGAAUUUUCAGAAGUUUUCACUGGGAAAUACGGAUGACUUAUUAUCAGGACAAGGAAGGUAUCAUGUGUGUCCAGAAAACCUUGUGGAGACCCUGAUUUUCUGCUGUGCUGCCUGCAUUUUAGAGCCCUGCUUUCCUCUUUUUCGGUUGUCGACGAGAAUCUGCAGCCGACCCUUUAGGUAAAAAGUCCUAGUUUCCUUACUGUCCUAUGUUUCACGAUCUCCUACAACAUCCGAUUGACAAAGCUGGUGCCCUGUAUUAGGAUUAAGGAAAGUGAUUCUUGUAGUCAGUUUUGUUCGAGAUUUAAGACAGAUUUAGAGUAGUUUUAGGACACAACUCUGUAUUUUUGUUGCGAUUGUACUCGUUUGUUUUAUGACAAGCAAACUUAAAUGCGAUUGCUUGUACUCAGCCUCAUCUGUAAUUGCCCUGUUAUUUUCUUUUGACAAAUUGGACGAGUUUCUUC